AUGGUUUACGAAAAACAAAAUAUGGACUUUACAGUAAAAAAUCUAAUGGGAAUUCUAAGAAAACAAACAAUUGCUCCAACAAAUACCAUACUUUCGACAGAAAUUAAGAUGGACUGGCUAUUUACUAAAGCUGCCAAUAACAAGAAAAAAGAUAUAUUAUGGUGCAUAUACCACAAGGCCUUCCCAUUAGGAUACCGGCUUCGACAUAUAUCUACAACAGAAUCAGGAGAUUGUCUUUGGUGCCCAGAUGAACUCCAAACAAUAGAACACUUCACACUUGAGUGCAGUACAAGUAAAAGAAUAUGGAAUGAAGCUUAUAUUAUAAGCUUCUAA